AUGAAGCACUCGCUCGUGCUCCUGGCGAUGGUGGCAGCAGCAGCCACCUCGAUCUUCGCACAGUUGAGCUGCGUCGAGGAUGAGAAAGAGAGAGCCUCCCUCACUGCUAUCAGCGAUGCCGCGAGCUUGGGACCUCCACUCUUCUGCUGCCAGUGGGUGCGGAUUUUUUGCAGCGUUUCCAGCCAAGGACGGAUCAAGUCGCUCGACAUAAUCGUCUCACCUGGGUUCUUCCCGGAGGCGCGAAUCCUCAGGCAAGUCUGUAGCUUCACCAAGUUGCGUAGGCUGAGGCUGACAAAGUAUGACGACCGCGACUGGGACGAUGAGAUCCCGUCCUGUCUUGAAGAGCUCUCCGAGCUAAAGGAGCUCAAGAUCGUUGGCAGCACUGACGUUUCCUUCAAAGUCCCGAUCAUUCCACGGCUGAAGAAGCUCGUCCUGCAAGGGGUCCAUCUCACUGAAGCAAUGUUCCACAGCAUCUUCAGCAGCCUCAAGGAGCUUCAAGAUCUAACCAUCCAAAGCAAUAGCCUGUCCAACACCACCAUCCCUGCUUCACUUUGCUCGUUGUCCAGCUUGGUUCACUUGGACUUGUCUUCCAACCAGCAUGGAGGAGAGAUUCCUCCAUGUCUGUCUGUGCUCAGCCGUCUUCAAGAACUUCGACUCUCGGAUAAUUUACUUCAAGGAAGCAUACCGUACCUGGGAAAUUUCUCGCAGAUGCAACAGCUUGUGCUAGAUUUUAACCAGCUGAGCGGCCCAUUUCCAGCGUCUCUUUGCAACAUCACUGCCACCAUUGUCACCCUUGAUCUUUCCAUGAACCGUUUGAGCUCUCUGCUACCGGACUGCGUGUCCGGCAUCCAGAAUCUCUUCUUGCGCUACAAUCAGCUGACGGGACCAUUGCCACCGACCUUGUUCGCUCACAAUUCUUCCCAAACGAUCGAACUCUCUUGGAAUCAGUUCACGGGGCCCUUGCCAGAAAUCGGUGAUGCGAUGCCAGAAGGCGUGAUGAUCUCCAACAACUUCUUGAGUGGGAGUUUAAGUUCGCCAAAGUGGCACAGCUUCUGUCAUAACAUGCGCGUUCUCGACUUGUCCAACAACCAGUUCACCGGAUCAAUACCAAAGGCAUUUGGAAACUGCACAAGAAUGGCACGACUCAGCAUCGAUAACAAUGAACUCAGUGGAGAAAUACCUUCGACUCUGGGAGCUCUUUCUAUGAUGGUGGAGUUUACCAGUAGGGACAACCAACAUGUAGGACGUGUUCCCUCCACUCUUGGAAACUGCUCGUACUUGAUGGUCUUGGACUUAGCCAGCAACUCGCUGUCAGGAGAGCUUGGAGAGUGGAUUUACCAGCUCAAGUUUUUAAACGUCCUCAGCAUCGGCUCGAACAACUUCGUUGGAGAUAUCCCAGUUGAAUUUGGAAACUUUUCUUCGCAGCUCAUGGCAAUCGAUUUGUCAGAGAAUACAUUUAGUGGCACCUUACCAGCACAGUUCAGUUUCCCAACCACCGAACAAGGCCCUCUCGCGGGACUUCAGUAUGUUGUGAACCUCCGCUUCUAUUCCACGCUCCGAGAGAGAAAGCGGCUGUACACUAGUAUUCGUUUUGGAGCAGCAUACCUUGACAUGUCUGGUAAUAGCUUCCAAGGUAAUAUUCCAGACACGUUGGGGAACUUUUCCCGGCUAUCAUAUCUCGAUCUUUCUCGAAACCAAUUCGUUGGACAAGUUCCACAUACUCUUGGAAGCCUGCACCUGCUCCAGGCGUUAGAUCUAUCUAGCAACAGGCUUUCAGGGAGCAUGCCUCGAGAACUCACAGAGAUACCUCAGCUGUCAUAUUUUAACGUGUCGUAUAACAAUCUGACUGGUGCCGUUCCGCAGGGAGCUCAGUUCAACACGUUCACCGAGGAUUCAUACAUAAGUAAUCCAGGACUUUGUGACUUCCCUCUGAGCCCUUGUGAUCCUAAAAACAACAGUUACAUCAACAGCACAGAAUUAAGAAAACCAGCAAAAGCGCCUCACCUGCAUACGGUCAUUAUUUUUCUUACUUCGAUCUCGUUAUGUUCAUUGGCGUUUAUGGCAUUGCUUAUAUAUUAUCCCUGCUCGCGGACAAAGGAAGAGUCAGAUGAGAUGAGCAUUAUCGAAGGAGAAAUUUGGAGUGCAACUCGAGGAUUCAACAAAGACAACAUCGUAGACAAGGGAGGAUGCAGCACGAUCUAUCGGGGUGUUUUGAGAGACGGGCAGACUGUCGCUGUGAAGGUUUACAAGCUUUCAGACCACACAGGCGAGGAGCAGUUUAUCGCUGAAUACAACAGCCUUAAAGACUUAAGACACAGGAACAUCGUGAGAAUCAUCGAGUGGUGUUCCGAGAGCAAGCUCAAGGCGCUAGUUUUCAAGUUCAUGGACAACGGCAGCCUAGAAAAGCAGCUUCACGAGCUUCAUGGGUCAAAUCUGCCAUGGACGGUACGCAUGAACGUCGUCCAGGGAGUUGCUAAUGCACUGAGCUACUUACACGAGGAGGCAGCAAGCACUGGACCCAUAAUUCACCGAGACAUCAAGCCAGCAAACAUCUUCCUGGACCAAAACAUGGAAGCACACCUUGGGGACUUUGGGAUAGCCAGGAAUUUACGACUGGAAAGCAGCAUGCAUUGGGAAAGCAAGCUCAAAGGCUCGAUCGGCUAUGUGGCACCAGGUACCUUAUCGUAUAGAGAGGAAAAAAAGGAAGCUGACGCUACUAAAAUAUGCAGAGUAUGGCUCGGAUGGAACAAUGACCACCGCCGCAGACGUCUACAGCUAUGGAAUCGUGAUUCUAGAGACGCUUACCAGGAUCCGACCGACGAGCGGCACGCUCAAAGAUAUUUCGCUGCGGAGCUGGGUGGAAUCACACCUGGUCGAAGGCCGGCUGGAAGACGUGCUGGAUCCCGUCCUCCGCCAGGAUUCGACCGCAGAGAGGAGCAUCGACGCCGUGGCCAGGAUCGGGCUCGUGUGUAG